AUGUCUACGAUGAUUUCAGAUAUUGAAAGAAUCAAUCAUUUCGAAUGGCGUUUAAAACGUUUAGAAGAUUUUAUUGGAAAAUCAGAUAAAAAAAAUAUUAUUGAAAUAAUCAAUGAUCUCAAUGAGAAGAUUAUUGAACAUGCAAGCAAUAUGGCUAAUGCAAACAUAUUAAUAAAAAAAGCUGAUAUGAUCAAUCAUUUAACAAGUUCGGAUUUUCAACGUUAUCUAAUGAGAGAUCGAUCAACAAAACUUGAACUGAUUCUUGCUGAUGACGAACGUAUUCGUGAUAUAACAAAAAAUCUCUCAGAAAUUGAUACAUUAGCACGUGUACUUGAUGGUGAAUAUUUUCAAGAAAUACCAAAGUUAUUCAAUACACUGAGUAAAUUAUUAACUAUUCAUAAUAAUAUCAAGAAUCAAUAUGGUGAAUUUACUGAAGAGUUAAGCACUUUUUUACAAGAUUAUGCUGCAUUUACUUUAAUGAUGGAUGAAAAUCUUCAACAUUAUAAAACAAUUUUACAUAAAAAUCAACAAAGAUCAUCAAUUAUUGAAGAUAAUCCAAUUGAAUAA